CUGAGCUGGGCAAGGCAAGUUGCUCAUCCUUUUGCUUUAUGCAGAGAGCAUAAAUGACAUAUAAUCAUGUAUAUGUCUCUCGGGCGGUAAGAAUGUUAUUUGUAUUUUGUCCGUAGAUCCAAUUUCUAGUACAUUUUGAUGUUCCUGUCAAACUAAUCAUGGAUUUUAUGCUCCAUGCAGGUUAAAAACCCAUGGCCUAAUGUUGAUGCUCAUGGUGGGGUGUUGCUGAACUACUACGGUUUAACUGAAGCUAGGUACUACACAGUACUAUUCGGUGUAUCAAGGAGUAUCGGCAUUUGUUCUCAGCUGAUAUGGGAGCGAGCUCUUGGAUUGCCGCUUGAGAGGCCGAAAAGUGUUACAAUGGGUUGGCUUGAGAAUCACUGCAAGAAAGCAGCUUCAUCCUGAGAACUGGUGAAGAGUGCUCCAUUUUUUUACCCAGUAAUGAUUGCUCAGAAACAUGAGAUUCGUGUUGGAUACAGGACUGGUGUAAAGUUAACGAGCUCUAUUGUAGUCAAAUUUCCAGGAAUUUCAAACUCUAGUAUUGUUGAGUUUCUUCACAAAUUUCUCAGUUAUAACUAGGUGUCAUCCCCAAAUUUGAUUGAUCUAUACCAACCUUCUUUUGACUUGAAAAUCUUUGUCAAUUAUCUCCUAACUUCAAAAUCCCUCCUAGUGAGAAUCGAAAAUUUAUUCUACCCGCAGUACUAAACCAUCUUUUCUUUUCGGAGAUUUCUAAACAAUGAGCAGCCCCUUGAAAAGUUUCUCUCUGGCUUUUGAUUAUUGAUGUUCUUCAUCUGUAGAAAGAGUUUGAUGAUGCUCUUCAUCAUCGACCAUGCGGACGCCCUGCUCUACAUCCUUGGUGAGGCUUGUUGUUAAAGAGCCCUGCCUCUCAUCAGCAUCCCCUAUGACAUGUUUCUUGUGAGCUCCAGAGCUUCCCAAGCAGACAGAAACUAGAGAGAAUAUUAAUUAUGAUUUGGCACUCGACACGCCCAGACCAUGCGGAUGCAGGCAUGGAUGAUGAAUCCAAGGGCCCUGCCCCCCAAG